AUGUCAGCCAGGAAGGGCUCUCUGCUCUCUUCGCCAAAUUAUUCCAAGGAAAUGGCAUGUUCGGAGACCCCAGCUGCAAACGCCUUUUUGGUGGACUCUUUGAUCAGCUCAGCCUCAGGCAGAGGGGAAGGAGGGGGAGGCGGCGGCGGCGGAGUUGCAGUAGGAGGAGGAAGAGGCGGCGGCAGCAGCUACUACCCGAACAACGGUGGUGUCUACCUGCCACAGGCGUCCGAUUUGCCGUACGGGUUGCAAAGCUACGGGCUAUUCCCGGUCCUGAGCAAAUGCAGCGAGGAUCUGCCCCCUCCGCCGCCGCCGCCAAGCAUGGUUCCCACUCCGCACACUUACAUGUCAGGGAUGGAGGUCUGGCUAGAUCCCCCGAGAUCCUGCAGCCUUGAAGAGCCCACAAGCCCACAGGCGACCUCCUGCUCCUUCGCUCCCAGCAUUAAAGAGGAGAGCUCCUACUGCCUCUACGACUCGGACAAGGCCCGCAAAGAGGCACCGGCCACCGACCUGUCGCCUUUCCCGAGGCUAAGCGCAGAGAUCUGCGCCGUGAAUAACGUGGCGGCGGGGGUGCCUGUCCCGGGCUACUUCCGCUUGUCUCAAGCCUAUGGCACAAUCAAGAGCGGCAGCUGCUAUAGCAGCUCCCACCAACACCACCAACACCACCAACAGCAGGAGCCGCCGCCGCCGCCGCCGCCGCUGCUGCACCCAGGGCAAAUGGUGGCUGCUUCCCAGUUUGCCCCGCAGCCCCAAGUGAGCUUCGAGUCUUCUCCGCCGUUCCCUCUGGCCGCCUCGUUGCCCGAGCAAGGCAAGAAAGACAGCGAGGAUUCUUCCCCACCCAGCACUUUGGCCGGGGAUUCGCAGAGAGGAGAGGAAGAAGGGCAGGCUUCUUCUUCUACCGCAGAAGAGCUGUCGCCGGCCCCCUCGGAGAGCAGUAAGCCUCUCUCCGAGAAAGAAACCCUAGGCAGCCAGAAGGGAGAGAAUGCAGCCACCUGGCUUACUGCGAAAAGUGGUAGAAAGAAGAGGUGCCCUUAUACCAAGCACCAAACGCUGGAGCUGGAGAAAGAGUUUUUGUUCAAUAUGUACCUGACUCGUGAGCGUCGUCUAGAAAUCAGCCGUAGCGUCCAUCUCACGGAUAGACAAGUUAAAAUCUGGUUUCAGAACCGCAGAAUGAAGCUGAAGAAAAUGAACAGAGAGAAUCGGAUUCGGGAGCUCACAGCCAACUUCAGUUUCUCCUGAUGGAUCUAUGGACACCUUUGAAUUGUCUAAGCAGCCCAUACAAUCCUGCACCCCACCCCACCCCAGAUCACCCCACCCCAUUUGGUCAGGCUUUAACUAUUGGCACCUGUGUGGAUUUGAACCUUUUAAUCCCGCUCUCAGCCUUUCCAUAGCUUCUUUGUAAUUGAUUUCGUUGGGAUAAAGCCAUAGCAAGGCAAGCCCAGCAUUCCUUCUGAACUUCCCUUCUUCUGUUCUCACUUCUGGAGACCCUGGCCCUUGAGAAAUAGGAUAUCCCAAACACUACGUGCCUAUUCUCUUUUCCUAGCCUACCCCUUUAAAAAAGAAAAAAAACAAAAACAAAAAGCAAUCAGAAAAGAAACCUAGCCAAAGGAAAGGUGCAUUCCGAACCUCUCGCUAAGCUAUGCCACAUGUUGCAAACUGGGGUUGAGUGCAGUUUUCAAUCAUUUAAACAUUUGACCACACCACCCCAAACAUGGAUCGGGUUUGAUAUUAUUAUUAUUAUUACUAUUUUCUUGUUUAGCCAAUGUUAAGCAGCUAUUGUGGAAAGAAAAAAAAGUCAUAUUGUUUAAAAAACCAAAACUGUUCAUUU